GGUGGUAUGAACACAUGGACACAUUGGAUAACGCCAUCAGAGACAAUUCCUACGGAGACAUUGUGGUUUUAUGUGAUGCAACAAUAAGUCUAGUGGAAGUGAUGAAUCGUUGGAUUCCGUCUCUUGAAGAGUGUCGAACCACAGCGAUAAGAAUUCAGCCUGAUAGCCCCAAAUCCCCUGGGGGAGUAGUCAUCCGGAUGUCCACAAAUGAGACCCUGGGGAGGUUCACAGUUCGGUACUAUGAUCCUCACCCUACACAGGGAAUUGCGCUUGUACAUCAACAAACACACCUUACUAAUGAUGGCUACCAUAUCAUGGCGCGUCAGAAGGAUCCACGUGACCUAGACGAUGUUAUCAAGCAGGUUCUAUCGGCUCUCAAUAUGAAGAUUCGGGACUUCUAUGUGAAAUCGAAGGACUUCGGUUGUGAAAGGAAAGCAGAGAAAGGAAUCAAGUUGUAA